CGGAGACACAGGACCAUGCUGACGCUGCUGACCUCCAUGUACAUGAUGGUGCGGACGUUCUCCUCACAGGCUGAACCAAUCCGUGUCCUGGUUACUGGCGCUGCCGGUCAGAUCGCUUAUUCCCUGCUGUACAGCAUCGCCAAGGGAGAUGUGUUUGGAAAGGACCAGCCGAUCAUCUUGGUCCUUCUGGACAUCCCUCCCAUGCUGCCAGUAGUGGACGGAGUCGUCAUGGAGCUGCAGGACUGCGCCCUCCCACUGCUGAGGGAGGUCAUCCCCACUGCAGACGAGGCGGUGGGCUUCAAGGAUCUGGAUGCCGCCAUCUUGGUUGGCUCCAUGCCCAGAAGGGAGGGCAUGGAGAGGAAGGACCUGCUGAAGGCCAAUGUGGCCAUCUUCAAGGCACAGGGCGGCGCCCUGGAAAAGUACGCCAAAAAGACGGUCAAGGUUUUGGUAGUUGGAAACCCGGCAAACACCAACUGUCUUAUUGCCGCCAAGUCUGCUCCAUCCAUCCCCAAAGAGAACUUCUCCUGCCUCACCCGCCUGGACCACAACAGAGCCAGCUCCCAGGUGGCGAUGCGUUGCGGUGUGUCCUCUGACAGCGUGAAGAACGUCAUCAUCUGGGGGAACCACUCCUCCACCCAGUACCCCGACGUCCAUCACGCCAAGGUCAACGUCAGUGGCGCAGAGAUGGGUGCCUACGACGCCGUCAAGGACGACGCGUGGCUCCACGGAGACUUCAUCUCUACGGUGCAGCUGCGCGGUGCCGCCGUCAUCAAGGCCAGGAAGCUGUCCAGCGCCAUGUCUGCCGCCAAGGCUAUCUGUGACCACAUGAGGGACAUCUGGUUUGGCACCAAGGAGGGUGAAUUCAUCUCCAUGGGCGUGUACGCUGCUGGAAACUCCUACGGAAUCGCAGAGGACCUCAUCUACUCUUUCCCCAUCCAGAUCAAGAACAAGACCUGGAAAAUUGUUGACGGUCUCUCCAUCAACGAUUUCUCCCGUGCUAAGAUGGACGCCACGGCGGCCGAGCUGGUGGAGGAGCGAGACACCGCCCUGGACUUCCUGUCCCAGUGACUACCUCCCCCUGCUAGUCAGCAACCACAACAACAGCAGCACUUGAAGGCCUGCAACUCGCGGCUCUGAAGACAAAAGACCCUCCACCGUUACAUCUCCAAGCCGUGUGACCUCUCUGUGUGUGUGUGUGUGUGUGUGCGUCACCUCAGGUUUUCAGAAAGCCUGAUUUAAUGGCCACGCCCCCUGGCCUCCUCCCCCCUUUUCGCUCCGUGAAGGGAGCAUUGUCUGUGUUUGUAGAUGAUUAAAAUUAACACACAUUAGCCAUCAAGGAAGUGUAAAAGAAAUCAUGAUGUCACCAAAUAAAACCGACAAGGAACCAGAAUCACAA